ACUUCGAUUCCAGAAGACAGCGAUUUGGGAUUCGGCCCCUCAGCUGAGAACAUGGCGGCGUUGCUUCAACAUGGAAGGCGCUACAGUAAACACGUUACCUUUGUGUCAUCUCAUAGCGUUGCUUUACACUGUCGCAGGGAUCAAACACUUUUCAGUACAAAUGUAGUUAAGAUCCCGAUAUGCAGAAAUUGUGCUGGAUGGCGUUUUUUUGUGCAGCCCAGUCGGGGUGUGAAGUCACAUCUCAUUCAGCAAAUACUGAACAGACCCCUCAGUCCAACAUUUCUAGGGCUGAGCAAAGUGAUCUACAGAAACCGCUUGCUGACUGAUCCAGUGGGAUUGUGGAGGAGUCUUGAUGCUGUCAAUUAUUUCAACACAUCAUCUGACAGACAACAGAAGAAAGAUGGAUCAAACAAGAAAUCACCCAAAGAAGACGAAGAGGAAAAGAAGAGGCGUGAGCAGGAGAACCAGAUGUACAAGGAGCGCCUGCGCAUUCUCUUCAUCAUUGCUGCUUGCAUGAGCCUACUGAACUUGUUUACCUCCAACGGAGGAAACAUCUCCUGGAACGACUUUGUUAAUGAGAUGUUGGCCAAAGGUGAGGUGGCACGGGUGCAGGUGGUGCCAGAGAGCGAGAUCGUGGAGAUCGACCUCCACCCUGGGGCUGUGAUUUUUGGCAGGCCUAGGCUCGCCCUGACAUACCGCAUGCAGGUGGCCAACAUCGACAAGUUUGAAGAGAAGCUGCAUGCUGCAGAAGAGCAGCUCAAUAUCGACCCUAAGGACAGAAUACCGGUGUCCUACAAGCGCACAGGCUUCUUUGGGAACGCCCUCUAUGCUCUCGGCAUGGCGGCUGUCGGUGUUGGAAUCCUGUGGUACAUCUUCCGUCUGGCAGGGAUGGGUGUAAGAGAGGGUGGAUUCAGUGCUUUUAAUCAGUUAAAAAUGGCAAAGUUCACCAUCGUUGAUGGAAAGUCUGGGAAAGGUGUGAGCUUCAAAGAUGUCGCCGGGAUGCACGAGGCUAAGAUGGAGGUGAAGGAGUUUGUGGACUAUCUGAAGAAUCCAGACAGGUACUUAAACCUGGGAGCAAAGGUACCUAAGGGUUCACUGCUGCUUGGGCCACCUGGCUGUGGCAAAACCCUGCUGGCUAAAGCAGUAGCUACUGAAGCCCAGGUGCCCUUCCUCGCCAUGGCAGGCUCUGAGUUUGUGGAGGUGAUCGGAGGUCUUGGUGCUGCAAGGGUGAGGAGUUUGUUUAAAGAGGCAAGAACACGGGCACCCUGCAUCGUCUACAUUGAUGAGAUCGAUGCUGUGGGCAAAAAACGGUCCACUAACAUGUCCGGCUUCAGCAACACAGAGGAGGAACAGACCCUGAACCAGCUGCUGGUUGAAAUGGAUGGAAUGGAUACCACCGAUCAUGUCAUUGUCUUGGCAUCCACCAACCGAGCAGACAUUUUGGACAAUGCACUGAUGAGGCCAGGUCGGCUAGACAGACACAUAUUUAUCGACCUCCCCACUCUUCAGGAGCGAAAGGAGAUCUUUGAGCAGCACUUGAAGAUCCUGAAGCUUUCCCAUCCUGCAGAUUUCUACUCCUUGCGUCUGGCUGAGCUCACACCUGGCUUCAGUGGUGCUGACAUUGCAAACAUUUGCAAUGAAGCAGCUCUUCAUGCAGCGCGUGAAGGGUUCAAGUCCAUUGACACCUUUAAUUUUGAAUAUGCAGUGGAGAGAGUUAUUGCAGGCAGUGUGAAGAAAAGCAAGAUCUUGUCCAAAGAGGAGCAGAGGGUGGUGGCUUUCCACGAGUCGGGCCACGCUCUUGUUGGCUGGCUUCUGGAGCACACAGAAGCUGUCAUGAAGGUGUCGAUAGCUCCCAGGACCAACGCGGCUCUAGGGUUCACGCAGAUCCUGCCGAAGGACCAGUAUCUGUUUACCAAAGAGCAGCUAUUUGAGAGAAUGUGUAUGGCUCUGGGUGGAAGAGCUUCUGAAGCCAUUACAUUCAACAAAGUCACCACAGGCGCUCAGGAUGAUCUGCGGAAGGUGACGCGUGUUGCCUACGCCAUGGUGAAACAGUAUGGCAUGGCGCCCAGCGUGGGACAGGUGUCUUUCCCAGACACCGAGGAGCAGGUUGGUAUCGGACGCAGGCCAUUCAGCCAGGCACUUCAGCACCAGAUGGAUCAUGAAGCCAAGAUGCUGAUUGCACGUGCAUACAGACACACUGAGAAACUGCUCCUGGACAACAAGGAUAAACUUGUACUGUUGGCAAACGCGCUUCUUGAGCGAGAGGUGGUGAACUACGAUGACAUCGAGGCUCUGCUCGGUCCUUCUCCACAUGGACCUAAGAAGAUGAUCGCCCCUCAGAGCUGGAUUGAAGCUGAGAAGGAUAAGCAGGACAUUGUUGAGGAAGAGCCUCCAGUACCCCCCCGAGCCCAGAGGAAGGAUGACGAGGAAGAGGAGGGACCAGCAUGAUCCUCAGAGGAUGUGGCGAAAAACGGAAUAAAAUGGUGUGAAUCUCAUCCUGGGAAUUGUGGGUAAUGUGCUUAGCAGGAAAGAAAAGAAGGAUGUUUUUCUGAUGAUCCGUGUUUAAAGAUGGCACUUGUAGGAGAAAAACUGGUUUCAUUAGGACAGGAAAUGGGAUGUGAUUUUACCUGCAGUGUUUUUUUAAACACAGUUGCAGUUGUGUAAACUGCUUAGGUGCAAAUGGACAUUACUUAAAUAAUUAAAGCGCUCUAUGCACUGUUUAUUUAUUUUGACAUGGUGUAUGUCAUGAAGUCCCUUUAUGAGCCCUGCUGAUUUAGAAAUCAUUAUCAUCGCAGACGAUUUAAUCUGAACACCAAACUGUACAUUUUCCUAACUGUACAUGAGUGUUAUAAUAUAGAUGUUAUUUUUAUGUUCAAGAAA